UCUUCCAUCGUCCCUUUCCCUAUAUAUACCGGUCUCCUCCAAUCCUCAGAAGCAUCACAAGAACUAGUUUGCAUAGCUCUUUGUCUACUUGACCAAAGCGCACUUGAUCUAGUGAGAAUUAACUUUGGCAUCCAAAUGGCCACAAAGUUCUUCCUCCUUGCCUUUUUGGCUCUGUGGGCUUCUCGUGCUCUUGCCUCCGAUCCAAGCCAGCUUCAGGAUUUCUGCGUCGCUGACAGGACAUCCCAAGUUUUCGUCAACGGAUUUGCAUGCAAAGACCCAAAGACUGUUGUGGUAGAAGACUUCCUCUUCUCUGGCCUUCACAUGGCUGGGAACAUGAGCAACAAGCAGGGCUCCGCUGUGUCCGCAGUCAAUGUUGCGCAUAUUCCUGGCUUGAACACUUUGGGCAUCUCCCUUGCUCGUGUCGAUUAUGCACCCUAUGGUCAAAACCCACCCCACAUCCACCCCCGCGCAUCCGAGAUCUUGACAGUGCUGGAAGGCUCACUCUAUGUUGGAUUCGUGACCUCAAACCCCGAGAACAAGUUGUUCUCGAAAGUUCUGAACAAAGGAGACGUGUUUGUGUUUCCGCAAGGGUUGAUUCACUUUCAGUUCAACACUGGAGACAAAGAAGCGAUAGCCAUCGCGGCACUCAGCAGCAAGAACCCUGGAGUGAUCACCAUAGCCAAUGCGGUGUUUGGAUCAGUGCCAUCCAUCUCAGAUGACAUCCUUGCCAAAGCCUUCCAGGUGGACAAGAAAGCUGUAGACCAUGUCCAAGCUCAAUUCUAGACAUUUAUAUUUGGUGAUGUUCUUACUUGAUUAAUUUUUUUUUUCAUUGAAGAUUAUGUCCGGGUGUUCCUUUAUACUAUAAUUCAAUGGAAGAAAAAUAAUCAAUUAUUGGCACAAAGAAGUAACUCGAUCAUUAUUAUUUUCUUAAUCAUCUUCGUUAGUAAAAUAUCAAAUGGGUCGUGGCUUGACCCAACUACAACCUAGCCAGUUUCAUCAUAGUUGCGCGUGUCUUUGUUUUAUUCAAUAACUUUGUAUGCACAAAACAAAUGAUCAUGGGUUUGGUCUGUUGUACGUAACAAAGUCAAUCAAUUUGAUCACAAGGGAUGAGAGGUGUGCAUCACAUUGAUGCAGAGGCGAGGGGUUUAACCUCCUUUUCAAGAAAAAAAAAGAGGGCAUGCUAAAGGAAAUGGAGGAAUUCCUUCAAUGUAUGAGACACACAAUCAACAAGAGUAAUGAUAUUGUAUUAAUGUAACUCUUCUUAUAUAUGGCACCAAUAUGCGAGUUAUUCACUUUCUGUAGACAAAGGAAGAGGCUAACAGAGGGAAGAUACAAUGUUGUUUUUGCAUACAUGGUUCGACAAUGGAUAGUUGUACUACCCAUAUGCAUGUAGUGCAUAUAUGUCAUAUUGGGGUUUUACAAGCCCAGCUAUAACCGUGCCCUGGAGCCCACACCGAGCCACACAAACUUAGUUGGA